UGCAGCUGGCGGGGGGACUGGGGCUGGUUUCCUGUCUGGAAAGGAAGGGGCCCAGAGAAGGGAGUAUGUGUAGAGGGGGAAAAAGAGCCGAAUGCAGGCCCUGCCCACCUAGCCCCCUCUCUUUGCUGGAAGAGUGAGGUAACUGGGGAGAGGAUGGGCUGGGUUGGACUGGGCUGGACUGAGGCGGGGCACAGCAGAGCCUAGGAGGGGCAGUUUGGAGUGGAUGGGCCAGGACUCCAGGACUCACCCGUUUCCUCAACCCAGGCUCGGUAGCUGCCUCACUUUCUCCACACAUUCAUCCUCCCCACUAAAAAGCUGAUCUAGAGCCAGGUUCCCAUUCGGAAACCUCCAGCCUUCCUCCUGUGCUCCCUGGGAACCCCCACGACCAUGUGGAAACUAGGGCCAAAUGCUGUAUGACCCCUGCCCCCCAGCAUCCUCCUUCUGCCUCUCCCUGUCAUACCACCUCACUACCCCUCACCCCCAUCCCUGAACACAUUGGCCCUCUGUCCACCGGGCCAGUGAUGUGGGCGGGAACUAGGGAGGGAAUGAAAGGCCCUUUCUCUUCCACAGCUGGGAGAACAGCUGCCAUCAGCCCCAAACUGGAUGCUCUACUCUGCCUAGGGGCCCCCUCCCCUCAGUCAGUUCUCCAGACCCUCCCUUCUCCCCUCCCACCUUCCUUUCCUCCCCCUUCCUCCAUCCCUUGCUCCCGCCUGGGGCGGUGUCAGCAGCAGUGGAGAAAGUUUGUCGUGGCAGCCUAAGAGGCCUGACUCGGGGGAGUUAGGGGCUGGAAGGGAGGAAUUGGGGCUGCUUCAGGGCAGAGCUGGGGGCCACAGAGAUGCAGGACAGAUUGCAUAUCAUGGAAGAUCUCAACAUGCUGUACAUCCGGCAGAUGGCGCUCAGCCUGGAGGAUACAGAGCUGCAAAGGAAGCUGGACCAUGAGAUCCGGAUGAGGGAAGGAGCCUGCAAGCUGCUGGCUGCUUGCUCCCAAAGGGAACAAGCCUUAGAGGCCACCAAGAGCUUGCUGGUCUGCAGCAGUAGAAUCCUCAGCUACAUGGGGGAACUGCAGCGUCGAAAAGAAGCGCAGGUGCUGGGGAGGACAGCAAGGCGGCCUUCAGAGACUGGGCCCCCAGAUGAACGCUCCCCGUGUCGUGGCACAGUUUGUAUCUCUGACAUCCGAAUCCCCCUCAUGUGGAAGGACACAGAGUAUUUCAAGAACAAGGGAGACCUACACCGAUGGGCUGUGUUCCUGUUGCUGCAGCUGGGGGGGAACAUCCAGGACACAGAGAUGGUCCUGGUAGACAGGACAUUAACAGACAUCUCAUUUCAGAGCAGUCUUCUUUUUAUUGAGGCAGGACCAGACUUUGAGCUGAGGCUGGAGCUGUAUGGGGCCUGUGUGGAGGAGGAGGGAGCUCUGACUGGGGCGCCCCGGAGACUGGCCAGCAAGCUCAGCAACUCUCUGGGACGGUCCUCUGGAAGGCGCGUUCGGGCUUCACUGGAGAGCGCUGGGGGCUCUGGGAGUAGCAGUGCAGGGAAUCCCAUCCUGCUCCCCACCCCAGCUGUGGGAGGACCCCGAUACCACCUCCUGGCCCAGACGACCCUGACUCUGGCGGCCGUACAGGAUGGCUUCCGUACCCAUGACCUCACCCUCACUAGUAAUGAGGAGAACCCAGCCUGGCUGCCUCUCUAUGGCAGUGUGUGUUGUCGCCUGGCAGCUCAGCCCCUCUGCAUGACUCAGCCCGUCAUGAGUGGCACCCUCAGGGUGCAGCAUCAGGUCGGGGGCCAGCAGAGCUGGGGCCAGGUGCAUGGUAUCCUGAAAGGAACCAACCUUUUCUGUUACCGCCAUCCUGGGGAAGCCAACACUCAAGAAGAUCCAUUGUUCACCAUUGCAAUCAACAAGGAGACUCGGGUCCGGGCUGGGGAGCGGGACCAGAGUCUGGGGGGACCUCCCACCCUCAGCAUCAGUAACCGGUAUGGGGGAGAUGAAGUGACUCACACAUUGCAAAUGGAGAGCAGGGGGGCCCUGCAACGAUGGAUGGAGGCUUUAUGGCAGCUCUUCUUUGACAUGAGCCAAUGGAAACAGUGCUGCGAUGAGCUCAUGAAGAUUGAAGUCCCUUCUCCACGAAAGCCACCUCCUGCACUGGCCAAACAAGGCUCCCUCUACCAUGAGAUGGCCUUGGUCCCAGGGGGCCCAGGCGAGGGGCUACUGCUCCAGGAUAAUGCUGUAUCAGCCGAGAUCCGGGCUCUGCUCUCCUCCUAUUACAGCGACAGCUAUUGACCCUUUAGAUGACAUCGCAGCAGUGACGGAUAUCCUGGCAAAGCAGGAGGGCCCCCCUCUGGAUGUUCCCCCACCCUGGCUGGCAUUAUUUACAGAGAAGCUACCUUCCUCGAAGCGUCCAAUCCAUGCACCCCGAAGCCCCUCUCCGCCUCGUGCCUGCCCAGGCUCUCGAGCCACUCCCUGGGGCCGGCCCCGUACCCUCUCCCUGGACGCUGCUCCUCGAGGCCGCCCCCCACUUCCUCCCCGAUCCAGCUCUAGUUCCAGCUCGGGCUCUGGAAGCCCUGCCCCCCGACAGCGAUCCCCUCCAGCCCGGGGUUUCCGGGCAAAAGCUCGACCCUGGCUCCAGUCACCGGUGUGAGGGGUUAAAGAAGGGGGUGCUACUGGAAACAAGGUAAUGCUAGAAGAGGAAUUGCCUUUUGAUAUCCCUCAAAGGAGUGGUGUCAGGGGACGGUCAGUGAUGCCACUGAUAAGGGUCUUGGGAUGGCCAACUUCAUGCCUGGCUCUGCUGUGGUUUGGGUGAGAAUGUAAACCCCUUCCCAACUAUGAUAUCACCACAAGGGGACCUUGUCCACAGCUGGCUGGUGGAUCUGGUCCAACUCCUGAGAGAAAACUGGAACACCCCCAGCCCAGCUGUACUACCCUAUCUUGGGCAAGAAUGAGGAGGGUAGCCCUUGAAGCUCUGGAGGGAGGGAGAUGUAACCCCAGAAAGGGUGCCUGCCCCUACACUCAGUCAUUAAAGUCUAUUUAAUAUCA